ACCCACUUGAAAAAGAAAAAAGAGGCCGUUUGUACCCAGCUCUGCACGCAGACGUGGACUACUGCCUUGUUGACAAAAGGCCAGUGUUAAUUGUACAUCCUUGGACAGUGGCAACAAAGCGCAGGAGGUGGGGUUUGCUCUGCAAGGCUCCUCCCUGUGGAAUAAUGUCCACGGCAGUGGUCUUCUAGAAGAGAAUCGGGUGACCAGCUUUUACCCCAGACCUUUAAAAAAAAAACUAAACAUUUGGAAAUAAAAGACAGUAUAACAAGUGCUCCAGUUGGUGCGGUGAUGUUACAGUGGAGUGCUCACUGACAGGGUUGUGUUGAGCGGUAUGGCGGGGGCCUGGAUGGUUCUGUGGGGUGUCUGUUCAGCCGCCAUCUUGUUGACGUCCUCUACUCAAGGCUUGAGUCGUGCGGCUCUUCCAUUCGGGUUGAUGCGUCGGGAGCUGGCAUGUGAAGGAUACCCGAUCGAAUUAAGGUGCCCAGGAAGUGACGUAAUCAUGGUGGAAAAUGCCAACUAUGGAAGGACAGACGACAAGAUUUGCGACGCUGACCCCUUCCAAAUGGAGAACGUGCAGUGCUACCUGCCGGACGCCUUCAAGAUUAUGUCGCAGAGGUGUAACAAUCGGACACAAUGUGUUGUUAUUGCUGAUUCGGAAGCUUUUCCAGACCCCUGUCCGGGGACCUACAAAUACCUGGAAGUUCAGUAUGACUGCGUACCUUACAAAGUGGAGCAAAAAGUUUUCGUCUGCCCGGGAAUGCUACAGGAGAUUCUAGAGCCCACUUCUACCCAUGAGUCUGACCAUCAAUCGGGAGCAUGGUGUCGAGAUCCACUGCAAGCUGGUGAGAGACUCUAUGUCAUGCCAUGGAUUCCCUACCGUACAGACACGUUAACAGAGUAUGCAUCCUGGGAGGACUAUGCUGCUGGACGACAUACUACUACAUACCGUCUACCAAGUCGGGUGGAUGGCACAGGUUUUGUGGUGUACGAUGGGGCUGCUUUUUAUAACAAGGAACGUACACGCAACAUUGUUAAAUUUGACCUUAGGACACGGAUCAAGAGUGGAGAGGCAAUUAUAUCCACAGCAAACUAUCACGAUACUUCACCCUACAGGUGGGGUGGGAAAACUGACAUAGACCUGGCUGUGGAUGAGAAUGGGUUAUGGGUUAUCUAUGCUACAGAAACAAACAGCGGGAGGCUAGUGGUGACCCAGCUUAAUCCAUAUACUCUCCGUUUCGAGGGGACAUGGGAGACGACUUAUGAUAAGCGUUCUGCAUCAAAUGCUUUCAUGGCGUGUGGUGUCCUUUAUGUGCUGAGAUCAGUGUAUGCAGAAGAUGAUAAUGAAUCAGCAGGCAACCGACUGGAGUAUGCCUUUAACACACACCGUAACAGGGAAGAGCCACUGGGGAUCAACGGAGCCAAUGGAUUGGAUUUUCCCAACCCUUACCAGUACGUGUCAUCUGUGGACUACAACCCAAGAGACGGGCAGUUAUAUGUCUGGAACAACUAUUUUCUGGUCCGCUAUGCAUUGAGGUUUGGUCCUCCUGACCCAGCAGAGGGUCCAGUUACUCCCACCCCACCUGUGGUUACGGUUACUCUACCUCCCCCUCCAGUGACUGUCACCACUCUACCUUCUGCCACCACAACUGUCCGUCGCCCUCCCCUCACCACCCACCCUGUGGGGGCUAUAAACCAAGUGGGACAUGACCCUCCUACUCCAGGCACUCGUCGCCCACCCCCUUCCAACCAACAUUCACACCCUGAAGUCUUCUGUCCUGCACGUGAGGAGAGGAAAAUCCAGUGGCCAGCGACUCAGCAAGGCAUGCGAGUGGAGAGACCAUGCCCAAAGGGCACUCGUGGCAUUGCUUCAUUCCUGUGUAUGCCAACAGUGGCCAUUUGGAACCCUCGUGGCCCUGACCUCAGUAACUGUACCUCUCCUUGGGUCAAUCAGGUGGCACAGAAGAUUAAGAGCGGGGAGAAUGCAGCUAACAUUGCUGGGGAACUAGCCCGUCACACUCGUGGACAGAUCUAUGCCGGGGAUGUCACAUCUACUGUUCGACUUUUGGAACAGCUUGUGGAUAUUCUGGAUGCUCAAUUACAAGCACUACGCCCAAUAGAAAGAGAGAGUGCAGGAAAGAAUUACAACAGGAUGCACAAGAGAGAAAGGACCUGCAAGGACUAUAUUAAGGCGGUGGUGGAAACAGUAGAUAACCUCUUACGCCCAGAAGCAUUACCCUCAUGGCGAGAUAUGAAUGCCACCGAGCAGGAGCAUGCUGCCACCAUGUUACUGGACAUAUUGGAAGAAGGAGCUUUUCUAGUAGCUGACAAUGUCAAAGAGCCUGCCCGCUUUCAGACCGCUCGGACUAAUGUUGUGCUUGAGGUGUCAGUGGUGAGCACGGAGGGUCCUGUUUCUGAGCUGGUUUUCCCCCAGGACAAUCACAGUGUGAGCUCCAUCCAGCUUUCGGCCAAUUCUAUCAAGCAGAACAGUCGCAAUGGAGUGGUGAAGGUGGUAUUUAUCCUCUACAACAAUCUCGGUCUCUUCUUGUCAACGGAAAAUUCUACCGUACGUUUUGGGGGAGAGAGUGGCUCUACUGGACACUCGCUGGUCGUAAACUCACAAAUAAUUGCUGCUUCAAUGAAUAAGGAGUCUAGUAGAGUGUUCUUGGUGGAACCCGUUAUCUUUACCUUACCUCACUUACAGUCUAAAAACCACUUUAAUGCCAACUGCACAUUCUGGAAUUACUCGGAGCGCUCCAUGUUGGGGUACUGGUCGACGCAGGGCUGCCGUUUGGUCCAUACCAACAAGACUCACACAACCUGUGCAUGCAACCACCUCACCAACUUUGCUGUGCUAAUGGCUCAGAGGGAUAUGUACCCAGGACAUAUAAAUGAUUUGCUGCUCUCUGUCAUCUCAUGGGUGGGAAUUGUGAUCUCUCUGGUCUGUCUUGGAAUCUGUAUCUCCACCUUCUGCUUCCUAAGAGGUCUUCAGACUGACAGGAACACCAUCCACAAGAACCUGUGUAUCAGCCUUUUCCUUGUCGAGCUUCUCUUUCUCACCGGUAUUGACAAAACCCAGUAUCAGGUGGUGUGCCCCAUCUUGGCUGGUCUCUUACAUUUCUUCAGUCUGUCAGCCUUCUCCUGGCUUUGUCUAGAGGGUGUGCAGCUUUAUCUCAUGCUAGUGGAGGUGUUUGAAACAGAGCACUCUCGUCGAAAGUACUACUACCUCUGUGGCUACGUCUUCCCAGCCCUCGUGGUGGGGAUUUCAGCAGCUGUAGAUUACAGAAGCUACGGCACAGAUAAAGCUUGCUGGCUGCGGGUUGAUAAUUAUUUCAUCUGGAGUUUUAUUGGCCCGGUUUCCCUUGUUGUUGUGGUGAACCUACUUAUCCUCCUGGUUACUCUCCAUAAGAUGCUUCGCUCCUCCUCUGUCCUGAAGCCAGACUCCAGCCGCUUGGAGAAUAUCAAGUCAUGGGCCUUAGGGGCAGUUACCCUCCUCUUCCUCCUCGGUCUCACCUGGGCUUUUGGCCUCCUAUUCAUCAAUAAAGAGUCUUUGGUCCUGGCGUAUCUCUUUACGACCUUCAAUGCCUUGCAGGGUGUCUUCAUCUUCAUCUUCCACUGUGCUCUCCAGAAGAAGGUACAUAAGGAAUACAGCAAAUGUCUGAGGCAUUCAUACUGUUGUGUGAGGGGUCCAGGAGCAGAACACGGAACCUUGAAAUCGACAGUCAACAGUCGAUACUACACCCAGAGCCGUAUUCGCCGGAUGUGGAAUGACACUGUCAGAAAACAGACAGAAUCCUCCUUUAUUGCCGGAGACCUAAAUAGCACCCCGACUCUAAACAGAGGCACAAUGGGUAACCACUUACUGACGAAUCCUGUGCUGCAAAGCCGUGUAGGCACCAGCCCGUAUAACACACUUAUCACAGAGUCUGUGGGCUUUAGUCCAUCCUCCCCUGGAUACAACACCACUGGAACGUUCCGAGAUCCUAAACACACCUUAAGCCGAGAUCCAUGUGGAAAGGAUGCCCUUCCUCCCCUUCCACUCAAUGGUAAUUUUAACAACAGCUAUUCCCUUAGAGCUGGAGACUUCCCACCUGAUCCUUCCAAACUGGGAGAUGGGGGACGUCGCAAUAUUACGGAUGCUGCAGCCUUUGAAAAGAUGAUAAUUUCUGAGCUGGUACACAGCAACCUGAGAGGCAAAUCCCACCAGGGGACAACAGACACUGGAGAUGAGGAGGUAACAUCCGGGGGAAUUGGAGAAGGUGGAGAAGUCCCCACCCUGGAGAUGGAGCGCAUGUACAAAGCUUUAGAAGAACCACUUCUCUUACAGAGAGCUCAGUCCAUCUUGUACCAGAGUGACCUAGAGGAGUCUGAAGCCGAGCCUGCUCCUCGUGACUCACCAAACCGCGACUCUCUCUACACGAGCAUGACCAACCUCAGAGACUCUCCCUACCCAGACAGCAGCCCUGAACCAGGCCUGCCAUCUUCUGGGGAAAUGUUGCCGUGCCACCAAGGGGUCCCCCCGCCUACAGCGGCAGAUGCCAUGUACUUCCCUGGCCGGCUGGGUUCAGUGCCCAGAGGGCAGUUGCAAGCCUUCUACCAGAUGCCUCAAGGGUUUCUGGGUCUAGAAGGGUCAGUACCUGAGGGUGACGGGCAGAUGCAGCUCAUCACCAGCCUCUGAACUUACUCGUCCACCCCUGGCACCAACUCCAUUAUUCCCCUACAAAAUAAAAUGAGAGAUACUGCCUUCCCUCUCCAUCUCAGAAGAAAGCAGGGUCAUAUGGUGGAAGGAAGUGGUAUUUACUAAGGGGCUAUUUCAGUGGAGUAGGGGUGAGGACAAAAUACUGCCUUGUUCGAUGGACUACUAGUGUUGAUGGCAGGUAUUAUCUGGGUUCAGUCUGUUUGGACUUCCUCUUGAUUGCCAACAUCCAUCUGAAAAUUAUGUAUAUUUCUUGUGAGGGCCACAAACAGGUAUGGGUUUGGGUGCCAAAUAAGCUGCUUGCAACAUAACUAUCUUCCCCAACAAGAGCUACUGAUACAAUGAUACAACCGCCAGUUUGGUGCUGACAUUUACAGUAUUGCUGCAAAGCCAAUGUAAACAAAAAUGAAAAGUUACAGACAGAGCUAGUGAAUAGCCAACAGUAACUGUAGGCAGCCCCUCUGUGUUAGCAACGCUAGGUGCAAUGAAAGGAUACAAACAGUAGAACUGGUCAUUUAUUCACGGUCAGGAAUUCAUUUCUUGCACUCAAUAAGAGGUGCCAAACAACCCAUGGGCUUGCUGAGUAAUAAAAAGGUAGAGGAUGUAAAUUGCCUAAGAUAGUGAAAUUUACCUUUGUAUUUUUGAAAUGUCACAGCUUACGAUUUGCAUUCCCAUAGAAAAAUAGAGGAAAUGCAAACUGAACAAGAGUUUUCCGAAAGUAAUAUAUCCAGAAAUAAGCCACUUUCAUUCACCACUGAACUUUUUCCUUGGGUCUUUCUAACAAAGUCCUUGGUGCCAUCUUCUCUCUCCACCCAAACCCCACUGUCUGCCUCAACGAUGAAAUCAGACUUUUUUUAUGCCCGGUUCAGAAGAGCAUGGUUUGUGCAUAACAGAAAGGAAGAGGAAGCUACCAGGGAGACAGGAACUGCUGCCAGGAAGGUGGUAACACCACUUAAAAGAUAAAGGCUGGGGUGAAAAGGACCAGCUGCCCUGCAUAUUCUUUAUUUAAGCACAAAACAUCCCCCACCUCUGUUAACAGAGGAGCAGCUGAACUUUAUCAAUGGGGGAAGCGAGUGUCUUUUCCGACUGCUGUAAAUAACGGACUUCUAAAAGGAGGGGAAAGGGAGAGAUGAGGGGAGAUUCCUAUACCCCUCUCCAGAUAAAUAUCAGAGGUGUGGAAAUGGUCAGUAGGGGGCAUUUUUUAUUUUAUUUAUUUGUGUCUGCCUUCAGCAGUGUCUCUUCCUGUCCAAAAUUGCCACUGUGCCGUAUUCUGUUCAUUCCACUACAGAAUCAUGAAUGAUCUUCACCAGUCCCAAAGAUUCCCGCCUUUGUGUUGUCAGCUACCUUGUUUGAGUUCUUAAACACCUUUGUUUUUU